ACAAUGUCGUUGUCGUCUUCGAUCGAUACGUUUACCUUUUCUGUGUAUUUAGUCAUCGAAUCCUGUUUUCUAACUUCACUCAUGCAACAACGAUGUACAUGUUUAAAUGGCAUAUAUGAACUUGGCUGGAGUAGCGAACUCUAAAACCUUGGAAAUGGCUUGUUUUCAACAGACAUCAAAUACUUUUCAACAGACAUCAAAUACUUUUCAACAGACAUCAAAUACUUUUCAAACCGUUCUUCGUUCUUGGAGUGUUGAGGAUGAUAGGAACAACGUGAUAAAGUUAUUGAAAAUGGUGGACGAUUUAAAGAUAAAAGAUGUAUCUAUUUUGCUACGACAAGAGUUGAUGAGAAAAAAGAGUGAAUGUGGUUGUCAGAAAUGUAUUGAUUUUUCUUAUAAAGAAUUGCAGGGGCUACCAUUUGAAAAGAAAAGCCAAGAUUUUAGUGACAGUGAUAAACCUGAUAUUUACGAAAAACGGCCUCUUUUACGCCAGAGCAAGCUUCAAGCAUUCCUUCUUUAUUUUGGAAGUAAACAAACGAGAGAGUGCAUGCAAGAGCAACUAAAGUUCUUUGAAAUGGAUGAAGAUAUUUGUCAAGAAGUUUGUUUAAAAAUGCUUGACAACUAUAAAGUUGAAUUGAAACAUAUGAGGUUGGGUGAAAAAAUGAACAUAACCAUUGAGGACAUGAUGAACAGUCAAACGACUUACAAUUCUUUUGAAACACUUAUUCGUUGUUGGAUAAACAUAUGUGAUUGUGGAGAAUUUUCUAUGAAAGCUUUAGAAGACAGUGAACAGCAAAGCCAACAAAUAAGUGACCAUAAUCAAGACAAUGACAGCCAAGGAAUUAUGGAAUUGCAGAUAAAUCCGCAGAAAUUCAUUGAAGAACAAGUUCUAGACUCUAAUGAUCACGACAACUUUAACAUUAACGAACUGCAAAUGGAACUGUCGAUAAACAGUGAAGAGAAAGUCGAACACUGUAGUGAUGAUGAGGACUCUAAAAUUAACGAAUUGUACUUGGAACCGUUGAUAUCAGGUCAAGAGCAAAGUCAAUACUUUAUUAACAAUCAAAACGCUAAAAUUGACGGCAACAACGAUGUUAGAAUGACAUAUGUGAAUUUGGCUGGAGUGGUUGACUCUGAAAGCUUAGAAAUGGCACGUCUCGAACAAUCACCAAAAACUGUUCUUCGCCAUUGGAGUGCUGAGGAUGGCAAGAACAAUGUGAUAAAAUUAUUGAAAAUUAUGGACGAUUUAAAGAUAAAAGAUGUAUCCAUUUUGCUACGAGAAGAGUUGAUGAAAAAAAAGAGUGAAUGUGGUUGUCGAAAAUGUAUUGAUUUUUUUCAUUAUAAAGACUGUUUGCAAGAGCAACUAAAGUUCUUCGAUAUGAAUCCAAAUAUCUGUAAUCAAAUCUGUACAAAAAUGGUUGGAAACACUAAAUUUGAAAUGACACAUGAGAGAAUUGCUGAAAUCAUGAACCUAGCUACGGGGAACAUGAGAAAAUUUAAAACAUCCUAUGAUCUUUUGGAAACAUUUAUGCGUUGUUGGAGUGCUGAGGAUGACAAGAACAAUGUGAUAAAGUUAUUAAAAAUUGUGGACGAUUUAAAGAUAGAAGAUAUUUCAGCUUUGCUACGACAUGAGUUGAUGAAAAAAAAGGCUCAAUGCGAUUGUCAAAAAUGCAUUGAUUUUUCUUAUAAAGAAUUUCAGUGGCUCUCAUUUGAAAAGAAAAGCCAAGAUUUCAAUGGCAGUGAUAACCUUGAUAUUUACGAGUGUAUGCAAGAGCAACUAAGGUUCUUUGAAAUGGAUGAAGAUAUUUGUCAAGAAGUUUGUUCAAAAAUCCUUGACAACUAUAAAGUUGAAAUGAAACAUAUGAGGUUGGGUGAAGAAAUUAACAUAACCAUUGAAGACAUGAUGAACAGUCAAACGACUUACAAUUCUUUUGAGACACUUAUUCGUUGUUGGAUGGACAUAUGUGAUUGUGGAGAAUUUUCUAUGGAAGAAUUGCAGUCGGAACCGUUGACAAACUGUGAAGAGAAAGUCCUAGAUUGCAACGGUCAUGAAAAUCCUGAGAACAACGAUUCGAUAGAUCUUACAGUGGGAGUAGGUAUUGAAAACGUUGAUGAAAAGAAAUUUGAAGACUUUAAUGGUUGUGGAAAUGCUAAAUUUAACGUUGCAGCCAUCAGCUCGAACCCAUUAGAGGUAUUAAAUGUUGAAUCUCUGAAGCCCUCACCAGAAAAAAAGUUUCCGAAAUGGAAAUGCACUGACGAAUCAACAAAGCACAGAAAAUUGUUGCAAAAGUUGACAGAAUAUGGACGUAAUCCCAAUGUCAAGAUUGAAAAUGUGGGCGAUGUACGUGUAAUUUUUUCAGACGAGUUUUGCAUCGGCAAAGGAAAUAAUGAAACCCGUGUUUAUCUUGGACUGAGAAAGGAUGGUUUCGGCAAGGCAGUGAAACGAAUACGUCGAGAUAACUGCCUCAAUGAUGCACUGCAAGAAAAGAAAAUUUUAAAUGAUUUCAACGCAAAAAAGUCGAGAUAUGUGGUAAAUUAUUACAACAUAGAAGAUGAAAUUGGAUCAGAAUAUGUGUAUUUGAUAUUAGACUUAUGUGAAGAAUCGCUGGAGAAUUUUGUGAAAUCUUCUUCUCAAUCUGAUCUUCAAAAAGCUCUUCCUGAAAUUCUAAAGCAAAUUUUAAAAGGAUUGGCGGAUCUUCAUAGCGGUGUAGAACCUAUUAUUCAUCGUGACUUAAAGCCAUCCAAUGUUCUCCGAGACUCACAAAGCGAAUUUCUCUUAGCUGACUUUGGUAUUAGUCGAAUAUUAAAGAAUGAUUCUAAAACACAUAAAAGCAAGGGUAACAUGGGAACGGAGGAUUGGAUUGCGCCUGAAUCAUAUUGUGAAGAUAAUGAUUCAGUCGAUAAAGGACGAUACAAAAAAGAGUCUGAUGUAUAUAAUGCAGGGAUGGUAGCUUAUUAUGUUGCAACAAAAGGGAAACACCCUUUUGGAAAUAAGCCUGAGAGACUGAUGAACAUGUUGAAUGGGAAACCUGUUGGCUUGGACAAAAUCAGGGAUGAAACAUUAAAAGACUUUCUGUCGUGGAUGUUGAAUCGACAACCCGAAGAUAGACCAUCAGCUACCAAGGCGUUAAAACACCCAUUUUUUAUGUCGGAUGAUGAGAAAUUUGACUUUUUAUGUAAAGUUGGAAACCAACAGCCAAUAAAGACAAGAGAUACCAAGUCAAGUGUAGUCAAACAAUUAAAUAGCAAGUAUUCAAAUUGGAAAAGUUUCAUAGACACUGACGUAUAUGAUUAUUUAAGAACAGACGAGGUAAAGAGAAAAAUGUUUAAGUAUGGUCCUUCAUUGACAGAAUUCUUGAGACUUAUUCGAAACAUAGGCCAACAUUGGUACGAUCGACCACGGCCAAGACCCCAACCAGAACCUUUUUAUAAGAUUGGCGAUCACAAGGCAUUUUUUCUCAAGACAUUCCCAAAUCUCCCUGUUUGGGUGCAUGCUGCUGUGAGAUCAGAUGAAGAAUUUAAAAACUAUUCAGAACUCAAGAACUUUUUCAAUGAAAGCAAACCACAUCAAUAAGCAGUUUCAAACUGCAACAUAUAGUUUGUGAAAAGGCAAGUGGCCAUAAAAAUCAAAUCAAUAUAAUAUUGUUAAAAAUUUUCUUUUUAGUCAACGUAAAAUAUAAAUAUUUUUCUAAUUAAGUUCGACAAUGCAUAAGCACAUUUCUGAUGAACUUAAUAUAUACAAUGCACUAACUAAUCAUUUACGUUUUAAUUCUAUUAAUGACAAUAAUCUAUUAAUGUAGAAAUGUACAAUACGUUAAUCAAAUAUAAAAACUGUUGUAACAAUUCAAAUAAUUAUCACAAUUUAUAAAAGUAUUUUGCAAUAGUACAUUAUGGCAUUCUUAAUGUUAAAUUUGCGAUACUUCUCCAUUUGACAAAUUAAAGAACAUGUUAAUUCGAACUAUUUUGUUGUAAAAAUUAUUUGUGUAAUGAUAAUUGCCCCUUAUGGGACACCCCGUAGCUUGAGGAGUUAGUUGUUAGUUCAAUAAACAAGUUUACACGACA